CGUCCUCAGGCUUCGUCUCCCAGACCCCGGCUGAUUGGCCGGCUCUCUCUCUGGGUGAGUGAAGCCUGGAGUCAGGACCUGCCGCCGGUGGCCCGUGGAGCACCAUGAUCCGUAUUGCUGCUUUAAAUGACACUACAGUAGUGGAAGAUUAUGAGGAAUCCUUCAAGAGCCACAAAACUCAAACAAAAGAGGCUCAGGAAGCCGAAGCAUUUUCUCUAUACCACAAAGCUUUAGAUCUGCAGAAACAUGAUCGCUAUGAAGAAUCUGCAAAAGCCUAUCAUGAACUGUUGAACACACAGCUGCUAAAAGAGGCCGUUCUGUCGGGUGAUGAGAACGAAGGAUUAAAACACCCUGGAUUGAUGCUGAAAUAUUCCACGUAUAAAAACUUGGCCAGUUUAGCAUCCCAGAAAGAUGACCCGAGUACAGCAAUGGAAUUUUACCUGGAGGCUGUAAUGUUGGAUUCUACAGAUGUGAACCUUUGGUAUAAAAUUGGAAGAGUAGCCCUGAGGUUGAUUCGCAUUCCACUGGCCCGCCAUGCUUUUGAAGAAGGACUCAAGUGUAAUGCAGAUCACUGGCCGUGUCUAGAUAAUCUUAUCACUGUGUUGUACACACUUAGUGAUUAUACCAAUUGUCUGUAUUAUAUCUGUAAAGCUCUAGAGAAGGACUGUCGCUACAGCAAGGGUUUAGUUUUGAAAGAGAAGAUUUUUGAAGAACAGCCUUGUUUGCGAAAGGAUUCCUUCCGUAUGUUCUUGAAAUGCGACAUGUCCAUUCAUGCAUUGGAUGUGGAUCCAGCAGAGGCUAAAGCUGUUAUUGAGGAAGCUCUCGAACUCCGUAGGAAGAGACAGGCAUUGGCAAUACAAGAAGAGGAGCCAGAUCUUCAACUAACACAACCAAUCUCUCACUUCACGUGGCGGUGCCUGGGUGAGAGUUUACUGGCUACAUACAUGCAUUUGACGUCUUCUGAACCACCUCACCCCAGCCUUGGCAGAAUGUUAGAUCUUUGCAUGUACAGAGACCCUUCACAACAUCUGUUGAUGUCACCAACUAGCACACCUGUUAGUGUAAUCCAGCCCAAUCCUGCAACGUCCAGUCCUGCACCUGUAGUGACUGCACCAACAAUGCCAGCACCAGCUAUGGUUACACCAGCAGCUCCAACUCCAGUUCCAAGUGUGUCAGAAACUGUAGCAGCACAAGCAGAAACAUCUAUCAUUGACAAGGCGAAGAAGGGUUCCAAAAGGAAGCGGAUAGCUGAUGAGGCUGGGGAACCAGCAAAAAGGCGGUCUGCUCGAGUGCGAAACACCAAGUGCAAGAAGGAAGAGAAGAUUGAUUUUCAGGAACUGUUGAUCAAAUUUCUGCCCUCAAGGUUGAAAAGGGUAGAUCUAGAGGAUGAAGAUGAUGCAUUUGGCACCUUUGAAGUUCAGACUGAGUUGAAAAAGGAAAGUCAACAACUAAUGGGCCCUUAUCGGAUGCAAUUUGAUCCUUCAACUUUCAUGGAACUAGAAAAACAAGAUGUUCACAUGUUUUUACUGAACAAUCUGAAGAACGGUGGAAUACUAGACUUGAUGUUGAAAUAUUUAAAAGCGCUUGGUCAGAAAUUCUUGGCAAAGUGGCCCCCUGGACUGGCAGAGGUAGUUCUCUCAAUCUAUAACAGCUGGAGAAAACACUGCAGUAGUCUACCUAAUCCUAUCCUCAGAGAAUGCAGCAACCAGCACAUCAAGGACAUGAUGGUGAUGUGCUUAGUGUGUAUGGAACUACAGCUUGAUCAGUGGCUUCUGACAAAGUCCAAAAGUACCACAGUUUCCCCUCGAAAAUGUUCCUCCAGCAACACUGCUGCACAGUUAGGGCCUGAUUUUCCAGGCAGCCAUUAUUUAGGAGAUUUGAUUCAAUUGGCCUUCACUUCAUCACAGAGGGAUCUAUUUGAGAAUGACUGGCUGGUUUUUGUGGUUCAAGUUUACUGGUUGAAAGCCAGAUUUAUGGCAUUGCAGGGAGAUAUGGAGCAAGCUCUGGAGAGCUAUGACAUCUGCACUAGUUUGUUUUGCAGUUCAUUAGGAAUUAAAGUGGGCAGCAGGAAUAGUGAUGGUUUUACUAUCAGACUACCAAAUCUACAUGUGGAUUCUGCCAUAUCAUUGGAGGAGAUUGAUAAAAAGCUCAAAUCACUGGAGAGGUGCCAGUCACUCGAGGAGGUUCAGCGCUUGUAUGAAAUGGGCGAAUAUGACCAGGUUGUGAAGCUGCUGCGACCCACAUUGACCCUUGGCGCGAUUGGCAGAACAAAGCCCCUGGAAUUUGUUGCUUCCAUCCCUGAACGACCUGCUCAGCUUCUCCUGUUGCAGGACUCCCUGCUCAAACUAAAAGAUUACAGGCAGUGUUUGGAGUGUUCUGAAGUUGCACUAAAUGAAGCCAUUCAACAGAUGAAUAACGUAUCAUCCACAUCCUCUAAGGAAGAGUGGGUUUCGACAGUGACUCAGCUGUUGACUGGGAUUGAUUAUUCCUUGUCUGGCGAUAACAGUAUCCUGGAAGAACAGUGUUUGAAUCCUUGUUUUGUCAGGUUCGCCAACAAUCUCAUCCAGAUCAUUGACUGCAGCAUGGGAGUACCUGAAGAUUCCAAAGAGCCAACUGUGUCGUCAGUGCUGCCUUGGAUCACAUUGUACAGGAUCAUAAAACACGAGGAGGAGGAGUUUGACACUCUUCGCCGCCAGCAUUGUAAAAACGAAGACUCUGAUCCUGAAACUCCAAUGCUGCCUUCCUCUCUGAUGUUGCUGAACACAGCACACGAGUACCUGGGGCGAAGAUCCUGGUGCUGUAAUUCUGAGGGAGCACUACUGAAGUUCUAUGUUCGAGUCCUUCAGAAGGAAUUGUCUGCAUCAAGACCAGAAGAUGCCCACCCCUUUAAAGAAGAGCUGGAGACUGCCCUCGAGCAGUGCUUUUACUGUUUAUAUGCCUAUCCUAGCAAGAAGAGUAAGGCUAGAUAUCUGGAGGAGCACUCUGCUCAGCAGGUGGAACUGGGUUGGAAUGAUGCAGAAUUUAUGUUUGAUUAUUUCAAGCCCAAGAAUUGCCCAGAAUUCGACAGCUACAAGACCAGCACUGUGUCUGCAGAUCUGGCAAACCUUUUGAAGAAGAUUGCUGCGAUAGAUCGAGAUGAGGAUAACCUGCCCCUCUCAAUUGAAAGCGUAACAGCCUAUAUUGAAGGCUCUGUUGACACGGUGCCAGCCCUCCCUGAAGGAGCAGAUUCUGAACUUCCUCUUGUUAAUGAGUUGUAUUACCUUCUGGCUGAUUAUCAUUUCAAGAACAAAGAACAAGCUAAAGCUAUAAAAUUCUAUAUGCAUGACAUCUGUGUCUGUCCAGCAAGGUUUGACUCGUGGGCAGGUAUGGCUCUGGCUCGUGCUAGUCGUAUCCAGGACAAACUGAAUUCAAAUGAAUUGAAGAGCGAUGGACCUAUCUGGAAGCACUCAGUUGCUGUGCUGAAUUGUUUUAAACGAGCAUUAGAGAUAGACAGUUCCAAUCUCUCAUUGUGGAUUGAAUAUGGCUCCAUGUCCUAUGCACUACACUCAUUUGCUUCCCGCCAACUGAAACAGUGGAAAAUGGAAUUGCCAUCAGAAGUUGUCCAACAGAUGGAAGAGCGAAGGGACAGUAUGCUCGAGACAGCUAAGCAAUGUUUUCUAUCAGCAACACACUGUGAAGGAGAUGGCGAUGAGGAGGAGUGGCUCAUUCACUACAUGUUGGGCAAGAUAGCAGAAAAGCAGAAACAGCCGCCGAAGGAAUAUCUGGAACAUUACAAGCAGGCGGCGCAUAACCUACAUGAAGAUGCAGCACAUUAUCCACGGAAGAUCCAUUACCACAAUCCACCAGACCUGGCUAUGGAAGCUCUAGAGGUCUACUUCAGGCUUCAUGCCUCGAUUCUCAAACUGCUGGAGAAGGAUGAAGUGACUGUGGACUGUGAGAUGCUAUUCAGCUACAUUAAAGAAGCAGCUCAAGGGCCUUUUGCCAGCGGUGAAGAGAAGAGUACCUUUAAGGUCACUGAGAAGGAGAAGUCCUGUACAAAUGAUGAUGAUUCUCAUUCUUCUGUUGGAACCAUGCAAGGUCAAGGAAAUCUUCCCUCGGGUCCAGGUCUGACAUCCCCACCUUACACAGCCACUCCGAUUGACCACGAUUACGUCAAACGUAAAAUCCCCCGUCAGCAGGCUUCAAUUGAUGAGAGAAGUCAAGACAGUGUGAUUUUGGUACUCUCUGAUUCUAACUCAACCCAGGAUGUCUUCACUGAUGCAGCCAGUUCCCAGGACAGCAGCAGGAAGAUUCAAUCUGGGAAAGGCAGCCCCUCAUCAUCAUCGACCGUGGAAGCUACUGUCUUGUCAAUGGAGAGCCAUGGAAAACUGGAGGAAGAGGAUUUAGUAGCUCGAGGUUCUUCUGAAGGUUGUAAAAGAGGCAGUGUAGAGAUCACAGAAGCCAUAGAUGCUUUAGCUUUGAGAUUAGCAGAGCGCACAGCUCACAGAAUGCCUACAGAAGCAGCUGUACUGUCCAGGGACAACUAUCGGAAAUUGGAGGAAGAGGACUCGGUGGGUCGCAUCUGUUCUGAACUUUGCAGAGGAAGUAGUGUGGAAAUCACUGAAGGAAUAGACGCAUUGGCUUUGAGAUUGGCAGAACAAGCAGGAGCAAAAUUGCAUACAGAGUUGCAGUGUCAAACUGCCACCAUUAAUGCUACUAAUGUCACUCCCACCAGGGCCAUCUCCUCAUCUCUAUGUGACUCAAAAAAGAAAACAGCUGAUCCUUCAGGAGAGAUGAAAGAUACCUACAGAUUGGAGGAUCUCCCUCAGAGCUUGCCAGGAGAGGAGAGGGAGCAGCGGCGAGUGCUGAUUGAACAGUGUAUUAGAGCAUUACAUCUGUGCCUCAGUCGAUUCCCUCAGCACUAUAAGAGUCUCUACAGACUGGCAUAUCUGUACAUAUACAGUAAAACACACAAGAACCUGAACUGGGCUCGGGACGUGCUGCUCGGUGUCAAUAUACCAUGGCAACAAUUGAAGCAUAUGCCAGCUCAAGGACUUUUCUACGAGAGGAACAAAACAAAUUUUUUUAAUGGAAUCUGGCGUAUUCCUGUGGAUGAAAUUGACCGUCCUGGCAGCUUUGCCUCACAUAUGAACCGUUCGAUUGUUAUCUUACUUGACGUUCUGUCACAGCUGAAGGACCAUAAUACACUGCUGAGAGUAUCUUCCAUGCUUCAAAGGACACCUGACCAGGGAAAGAAGUAUUUGCGCGAUGUGGAUCGUCAAGUGCUCGCCAAGCGGGCAUUAAUUUUCACAGUAAAAGUGCUUGAGGACAACUUGAAGGAACUAUCUGGGAUUUCUGAAGACCAGAUUCCUAAAUCUUCAGGCUCUCCAAUGGGGGAGAUGACAACAGAUGUUUCAAACAAGCCCACUGCUGAGGAGCACAAGGGUGUUGUGACCAAGAAACUCACCAACUCUGAUGGGCAUUUGAGAAACACAGAGAAUGGGGUAAAGGAUAUCCCAAGAGGCCAGUCACCCCAGGUUAUGAACAUGGAACAAGGGGAUAAAAAUGAUCCAGUAUUGGGUGACAUUAGCAAAGCAUGCAUCGGCACAGAGGAGCCAAUGGAACUGGAUAGCUCUGUUGAACAGGGAAAAUUGGAUUUUUCAUUCAAACCUCCCAGUGAUUUGGAUACAGAGCACAGCAAAACUGUUGGGGUUACUGAGGGGAAGAGUGCUGAGUGUAAACCUACCGAACUGUCUUUGGAAGAGUUGAGCAUAAGCUCAAAGCAGCAAGUCUCAACAGCAGUGCCCCAUGUCGUGGCCAGUCAGGUGGUCAGGAAAACAAGCAGGAAGAGAAAAUUGAUAGAUGACACAGAAUCUGGGAAAACAUUGCUGUUGGAUGCAUACAGGGUCUGGCAGCAAGGUCAGAAAGUUAUGACUGUUGAUCUGGGAAAGAUUGAAAAGAUCAUGUCGGAGACCUACAUGCUGAUUAAACAGGUUGAUGAGGAUGUAGCUUUGGAGCAAGCCAUGAAAUUCUGCCAGCUGCAAAUGGCCACGUCAACACAAAAACAGUCAGGAGAGACGCCAACCACACCGAAAUACUCCAAGGACUGUAAGGAAAGCUUCUUCCCAUCUGCACCGAGCGCUGUCAGUACACCGGUUCCCGUUUCGACUACAUCUAGUACGGUGGUGCCUGAGAACCCCAGGCCAAGUGACUCUCAAUCUAAAGCUAGGCUCAGCAACACUGCCCAGGAGGACCAGCGAGGUGCUGACGUCGCACCAAUGUUGACACCAAGGGAUGUCGAGCCCCAAACUCCCGGUCCAACAGACACUCUAUCAUAUCUCGCUCAAGAUGAUGAUUCUGAAGAGCCUCUCGAAGGGCUGAGUUAUCGGCAUCAGGAGACCCAUCUGUGUCAGCAGAUGAAGAUGGCGACCGUUGCUUCAUCCCAUGAUUCAACCCAUUGGCAAGAAAAGGGCACGUACACUCAGCGAGACGAAGGCUCACAUCCUGCACACUGCUCCGGCCAUGCUUCCAGUUCGAUUAGUGAACCCUCCACCAUCUCAGUUUCCCAGAGUUGCAAAGCUGACAGCAGUCGAAUCAAAUCGCGUGUCCCUCCAAACAUGCCAAAGCUUUUUAUCCCAUCAUCUUUGGCAAAGUUUCCACCGGAGAUAACCGUCACACCGCCGACCCCAACCCUCCUGUCACCAAAAGGUAGUGUGUCUGAGGAAACCAAGCAAAAACUGAAGACUGCCAUCCUAUCUGCACAGUCUGCUGCCAACGUGAAGAAAGAGACUCUCUGCCAGCCAGCCUUGGAAAUCCUGGAGACGUCAAGCCAGGAGUCGUCACUGGAGAGUGACACUGAUGAUGAGGAAGAUGAUUACAUGGACAUCUGACACAAUGUGAAGUCACAGCAGUAGGCAGCCAACCACUGCACUCCUGCAAAGACACAUCGGGAAGACUGCUUUCUCUGAGACCAUGGAAGUGCACAGUACUUUAUACAGAGCAGCCCAGAAUAAGGUGCAGUGAUCCCUUACCAGCAUUGGCCUUUGUAAAUAUUGGACACAUCCCAGCAGCUGAGGCUGACGAGCUGAGCUGCAUCACUGGGCUCCUUGCUUGAUUUGUGCUGACCAGGGAGAGAUGACUCUGACCUUGUUCGAACACAAGCUGAUGAUUGAUUUUACAGGAGCAGGUUUCAUUCGGGACAUACCUCACGCAAAGUUGUCGCCAGCUUCGUCGCAGUUCAGUGUCUGGGUGGGAGAGUUCGGUCAGUGAAGGCCCAUUGCACUCACUGUGGAGAUACCAGCAUAAUGCUGGGAACAUGAACUCAAAGCAGCAAGUGCUGGGAAUGAGCAGCAGAUUGGUUAACUUCUGAGAGGAGGGUUUUUGAGGGAGAGAGUCUUUGAACACCAGGAAGACUCCAAGACCUGCUAGCUAUUUCCAAUCCUUUUCCUGGUCCUUCAUUGUGUCUAUAUUUUCACUAAUUGUUGUGAAGCCCUCCUUAGAUUGAACUCCGGGUUAUGAUGAGCACAGAAAGGAUUGGAACUUGCUUACCUUUACUGUGAACCUUCAGGCUCUGUACAGUCGAGUUAGAUUGCUUUCAGAAAAACAGCCAGUUAUCCUGCUCUCCUGCAGAGUGGCCGAUGUCAGGCACUGCAUCAAUCUGAAUUGGUUUGUAACAGAUCUCGCCCUUUCAUGCUGAAUCUUCACAUUUAUUUUUCCAGUCAUUAGUUUCAUUGAGAAAUGUUGGUUUCUGUUGCUGGAGGUUGGUUGUGAAUGUAGAGAGGGGCCUACUGGUCAGUUCUGCUGUCAAUUCCUGGUUUCUCUAUCAGAGUAAAAACUUACCAGAACACAGAGCAGGAUAUUGGAACGUGCUCGGGAUUGAGAAGGUUAGAUUUCUGAGAUGAUUAUCAGAUUUCAUAGGAGAUGUAGAAACCUCCCCUGGAUAAAAACCUCUCGCCAUUGGUCCAUUCCCAGACAUUGACUAGAAGUUUAAGAGCAAAGUUUACACACUAACUUUGUGACCUAGUGACUCCCUGCCACCAGCAUUGAGAGCAUCAGACAGCCCUUCUGCAUGAGCCCUUGCAGGUAGAUGAACAGUAGGCUCAUAAUGAUGUCUACAUGUAACCAAUCACAAGCUUGGUAUAGUAAUGGUGACCAGCAGUUAUCAAGACUGAUAUGUAACUUUAGUAUUCAGGACUGGUAACAUUCCUGUGUCAAUCAGGAAAUUAUUACCUGCUAAUGAUUAAUGUGUGCAGCAGUGACAGUAAUAAUGUCCAUUAACAUGGAACUGCCCUACCUUCACUCCAGCCUAGCACUCACUCCGAGCUAACUCUCAUCUUAGUUUGACUUCCUCCUGCACUCCAAAGCAGACUGAUACUUAAUGUUCUGGGCAUGUGAGAAGGCAUUAGUCCAUCUGGGACCUUGGGGCAGCGGUAGGACCCACAGCUUAUCUCUUCAAGCACCUGAGAUUUGAGGCUUGAAGGCUGAAUGCGAAUGAUUGUAGAAGGGGGGGGCGAGAUUGAAUUCAAAUCAGGCAUGGGAAGAUUAGUGAGAGUGGAAAAGAAGAUUCGGCAAUAAAACGUGUAAAAAUUGAAUAUUUUCAGAGCUCUUUAAGAAAUUGCUACGCACAGAAUCGAGACUCUGUCCCCUUUCUGGACUGCAGAAGUGAAUUGACAUUAUCACCUCCUCAAAAACAUACUGACCCUGUUAAUGAAGAGCCUUUUUUGAUAUUUGUACAUGAACCUAACCAUAAUGUGCAUGCCUAGCCAGUUCGUAAUAAUGUGUGACUUACCGGCGUGAAGCUAAAUCAACAACGCAUUCUGGAGAUUCACAACUCACAUCAUAUUUCUCGAGACCCUCAACAAAUUGGUCAAUUUAAUAAAAAUGUACGUGUUAACACAGUUGCCUUUCCUUUAAAGGCGUGGCCCACAGUUUAAUCUAUGUUCGUAUUUCUGAAGAGAGCUGGAGCUGUGUUGUGUCUAAUGAGAAAAGUUACUUUGAACAUAUCCCUGGAUCUGUAAAUGACACGUGGGAUUAUAGUAUGGGUUUAAGAGCACAGGGCUGAAUAUAUUUUCCCCUUAGUCCUGAACAUGCUCAGUGACAGUGUGUCCAACCUCUCACAUUGAACAGCAGCCAUUAGUUAUCAAGUGAUGAGAGCUUGAUUCAAAGUUGUUUAUUAUUUGUGCACCAGGAUCUGAGAUUCUUGUAGAGUCAAAAGAAUUCUGCCAAAUGUGCUCCCCCAGAAUCUAUUGUCUCACCCGUUUAUAAUGAUUAAACUGACUUUGCGAUCAAAACCAUUUCAUUUUCCCGUCCUUUUCUAUUGUGAAUCAACUACAGCAUUUGUGGUGUGAAUGUCUUCCUAAAAUUCCGCUCAGUGAUCCUGCUCCCACCCAGACCCCUCGGAAGAUGGAAAGGAUUGGUUGGCAGCUCUAAUAAUCAGAAUCCAGGCAGUGUGUUGGUGCACUGAGCUAGUCACAGUCUGAGUCUGGGAGCUCUCAGGCAGCUACAGAGCAUUUCUGGUUGGGAGAUGGAAGACCGUGUUUGUCUACAGCACAAAAGACUGCAUCUGUUUAGCACCUAACAGGUUACACAUGAAGCAAUCAGUAAACAUGGUCUCUCACUGAACCAAAUAGGAAUUGUUACCAAAGAGCAAGAUUUUGAGAAGCCUGAAGAAGAUAGAGAGAAGCCCUAUGAGGAAUCUCCCAAGUUUAAGAUUUAGACAGCUACAGCACGGAAGCCAGUGUUGGAGCAACGAAAAUCAGGGUUUUUCAAACGCUGGACUUGACACACUACAGAGAGCUCAGCAGUGAUAGAAUGGCUAAUAAAAACCUGAGACAUCUGAGAUUGACAGCAUGGUGACAGAGCAAUAGGCCGCUGCUUCGGAAGACCCUAGUUUGAGCCAGCAAUCUUGGUGGCAGAGGCUGCACUCAUUCCACCAAACAAGCUGAUAAAAACAGCUCCUGUCAAGUGCUGUUGAAAUGCCAUUGCCUUGAACAACAUCAAAGCCUAGAGACACACACACACACACACACACACUUCACAGCUUCAGUUAUGAGGGGCCCUGUCUGUGCACAUACUGAGGAAUUGCUUGUUGCUGUACCCAUUAUUCAGUGCAGAAACUCAGCCAGGCCUGUGUGAGCCUCCCAUGUGGAGAGACAUCAAGUGAUAGCAAGUUCAGACAGUGCAGUACUUGUGUAGGGUGGAUCUCAGGCUGUGGGAGCAGCUUGACCUCCAUAAGUUGCAAUGGGCUGAAAGGCCUCUCUGCUUUUAUGUCUCUAUUUAUGACCAGUUUCUCUUAUUGCACCACCUCAGAAUGCAAGGUGAUCUCAGGAAGCAAGGUAAUAAUGGAGUUGAAUCCUUCACUAGUUCAAUAGUUUGAUUGCUAGGGUGAUGGGGCCUGUUCUGAGGAGAGACUGAACACUCUGUCUCAAUAAGUUGAAAUGUUUGGAAAUCUUAGAGGUAGGUGCUGGGAAUCAGGUUAAUGAGAAAUUGGCAGAAUCGCACAUUUAUGAAUAUACAAAGUAGGAGCAACAUGUAAUCCUUUGACCCUCCUCUGCCAUUCAGUAAGGUCAUGUGUAAUCAGCUUGUGACCACAACUCCACAUUCUCACCUUUCAUCUUGAGCCUCUUGUUAGUCCUGAGUCUGUCUAUCGCUGCCUUAAAUAUAUUGAAUAAUAUUGCCUGGAUCAUGCUCUGAGGAAGAGAGCUGUGAAAAAAAUUCUCAUCAUCCCUGUCUUAAAUUGACAAUCUAUUUUUAUUUUUAAAACUGUGUCCUGUAGUUCUAGACUUUCCAACAAAGGGAAGCAUCUUUUAAUUAUCCACCAUUUCAAAGGCCCACAGGAUUUUGUAUGCUUCAUUCUUGCAAUAGAUACGAGUGCAACCUUCAAGGAGACCCAGACUGUACACAGUACUCCAUAUGUGGUCUCACCAACGUUCUGUACGGCUGUCGCAAAACAUCCCUACUUAUGUCGGAGCAAAUUAUUGCAAAUGCUGGAAUCUGUACUGAAAACAAACACUGCUGGAAAUCAGACAGCAUCCGUGGAGAGGGAGCAAGGUGUCUUGAGUCUGGGUGACUCCCUGCUUAUAUAUCCCAGCCACCUUUCCAAGAAAUAGGGCCAUUCCGCUUGCCUGGCCGAUCACUUGCAGCCCUUAGUGUUCAGUGGAUCAGGACACCUGAUCCCUCCAUACUUCCAGGCUCUGCAGUCACCCUCUGUUUCACUGAUACGCUGUUUUACUGUUCUUCCUGCUUAAAAGGAUGGGUGUUUUGAUUUGUUUGUAGGUGGUCACCCGUGAUCUUUAUUAAGCUGCAGUGCCUAAGGGACAGUACUGCCUUCAUUGUUCCUAUUUCUGUUUGUGUUAUCUGAUUAGCUGCAGCAUAUCCCAUUACUUCAGCCUCAUCGUCACCACAUGCCCUCCUGUUUUGAUUGAUUUCCCCCUGCUCUUCUUGUGUGUGAGUCACUCACAGGACCUGGUGAGAUUUUCCCGCUCAGCUGCUGUUGUCUCCAACCUUAUCUGCGCUCUCCCGUGUUGGCAGGUGCCCUGCUCUGAAGGCGAGAACUGUUGGAGGUUUAGUUUCUUGAACAGCAGACUGUAGUUGCAAGGGCCAGGCCUAGCUAGCCCUCACCUUUCUUGUAAUUUUUCCUAGUUUCUCAUUGAUGGGGUGGCACGGUGGCUCAGUGGUUAGCACUCCUGCCUCAAGCACUAGGGACCUGGGUUCAAUGCCAGCCUCGGGCAACUAUCCAUGUGGUGUUUGCACAUUCUCCCUGUGUCUGCAGGGGUUUCGUCUGGAUGCUCCAGUUUCAUCCCACAAUCACAGAGGUGUAAGUUAGGUGGAUUGGCCAUAGGAAAUUGCCUGUAGUGUCCAGGGAUAUGUAGGCUAGGUGGGUUAGCCAAGGGAAAUGCAGGAUUAUGGAAAUAGGGUAGGCUGUUGGGUCGGGGAGUGAUGCGCAUUGGAGGGUCGUAAUGGACUCAAUGGGCUGAAUGACAUGUUCCACACUGUAGGGAUUCUGAUUCUAUAAUACCAGUAAGAACAGAAAAGAUCCAAAUUUCAUUCAGGGACAAAGAGGGCAACAUUAGCCUCAUGAGAGACUCCAUGUCAGUACUCAAGCAUGUUUACUCAGGAGUAAGCACAUUGCUGUGGGACUGGAGUCAGGUGUUGGGUCAGUGGGUGCAGUGAACUAGAUGAUUUUUAAUGCCAGUAUUGGUUUUGAGUUACAGAACUAAAUUGUGAUUCUCUCAGUUUGCUGCAGUGGGGUUUGAACAUGCUGCCAGAGCAUUGGCCUGAGUCUCAGUGACAUUACCACCACCUCCCUCUCAAUGUUCUGGUGCAAAUUGCUCCUUCCAGCUGAACCAACUCAUCAUCCAUGUUCUCAUUGCUGUUUGUAGGGGCUUGCUCUGUACAAGGUGACUACUGCAGUUCCCUACAUUAGAUGAGACUACAUUUCACAAAAAUUUAACUGAUUCAAGUGCAUUGGGGUGUUCUGAGGUCAUGAAAGGUGCUAUGUAAAUGCAAGUUUGUUCCUUUCCUUUGUUGGUACAAUUAGGGUACGAGAGAGGAGGGUUUAGCUGUUGGAUAGCUUGCAAAAUAAUCAGAAAUUUUGGAGCCGUUUGGUACAAGGUCUGAAGAGAAGUGUUUGUAACGUGAAUAUCUUGGAGAUAUGUAAAAUAUCCGCUCGUGAUUCCAAGCUACUGGAUCCAGUUAGGAUGGAAUGUCUUUUUAUAUUGUAUUUUUUCUAAGGGCUUCUGCAUAUCGAGUGAUCACUUGUACAUUUUUACAAGAAGUGUUCUUAAAACCAUGUUAUCGCUUAGCUGCAAAAAAAAACACCCAUUGAAGUGUUGGGCCUUUACUAUUGAAUGUUCUGUCACAGGAAUGAUCUCUGCUUUUCUUUUAUAUGCAAUGUUUUAACCGUAAAGCUACUCAGAUUUAAACCCUUGUACAUAAAAAAGAACAUUUUGUUUUGGAAAAGCAGGAAAUCUGUUACAGUAUUCGCAUGUGAAAUAAUACCAGCUGAAGGCAGCUAGUAAUAAAACCCAACCGUUCU